AUGGAGGGCGAGAGCCAGGGCCCGUGGGCCCUGGGGCUGCUGCGCACCUUCGACGCGGGCGAGUUCGCGGGCUGGGAGAAAGUCGGCUCGGGCGGCUUCGGGCAGGUGUACAAAGUGCGCCACGUCCACUGGAAGACGUGGCUCGCCAUCAAGUGCUCGCCGAGCCUGCACGUCGACGACAGGGAGCGCAUGGAACUUCUGGAAGAAGCCAAGAAGAUGGAGAUGGCCAAGUUCCGUUACAUCCUGCCCGUGUACGGCAUCUGCCGGGAGCCCGUGGGCCUGGUCAUGGAGUACAUGGAGACUGGCUCCCUGGAGAAGCUGCUGGCCUCCGAGCCACUGCCCUGGGACCUGCGCUUCCGCAUCAUCCAUGAGACGGCUGUGGGCAUGAACUUCCUGCACUGCAUGACCCCGCCGCUUCUGCACCUGGACCUCAAGCCCGCCAACAUCCUGCUGGACGCCCACUACCAUGUCAAGAUUUCCGACUUCGGGCUGGCCAAGUGCAACGGGCUGUCCCACUCACAUGACCUCAGCAUGGACGGCCUGUUUGGCACCAUCGCCUACCUCCCUCCGGAGCGCAUCCGGGAGAAGAGCCGGCUCUUCGACACCAAGCAUGACGUGUACAGCUUUGCCAUCGUGAUCUGGGGCGUGCUCACGCAGAAGAAGCCGUUUGCAGACGAGAAAAACAUCCUGCACAUCAUGGUGAAGGUGGUGAAGGGCCACAGGCCGGAGCUGCCGCCUGUCUGCAGACCCCGGCCGCGCGCCUGCAGGAGCCUCCUUCGCCUCAUGCAGCGCUGCUGGCAUGGGGACCCCCGGGAGCGGCCCAGCUUCCAAGAAAUCACUUCUGAAACCGAAGACCUGUGUGAAAAACCUGAUGAGGAGGUGAAAGAGACAACUCAAGACCCAGAUGUGAGAGACCUGCCUGAUGCCGAGGCCGAGGCCCCCGUGCCCGCCCCGCUGAAGCGUGCAUCUGCCCCCACCUUCGACAACGAUCACAGCCUCUCCGAGCUGCUGUCCCAGCUGGAUUCGGGCAUCUCCCAGACCCUUGAGGGCCCGGAAGAGCUCAGCCGCAGCUCCUCCGAGUCCAAACUUCCGUCGGCGAGCAGCGGCAAGCGGCUCUCGGGGGUGUCCUCCGUGGAUUCCGCCUUCUCCUCCCGAGGGUCACUGUCUUUGUCUUUUGAGCGGGAGCCUUCAGCGAGUGACCUUGGCACCACCGACAUCCAGAAGAAGAAGCUGGUGGACGCCAUCAUGAGUGGGGACACCAGCAGGCUGAUGAAGAUCCUGCAGCCCCAGGACGUGGACCUGGUCCUGGACGGGGGUGCCAGCCUGCUGCACCUGGCCGUGGAGGCCGGGCAGGAGGACUGUGUCAAGUGGCUGCUGCUCAACAACGCCAACCCCAACCUCACCAACAGGAGGGGAUCCACCCCGCUGCACGUGGCCGUGGAGAAGCGGGUGCGGGGCAUUGUGGAGCUCCUACUGGCCCGGAAGAUCAGUGUCAAUGCUGCGGAUGAGGACCAGUGGACGGCCCUGCACUUCGCAGCCCAGAACGGGGAUGAGGGCAGCAUGCGGCUGCUGCUGGAGAAGAACGCCUCCGUGCGCGAGGCAGACUGUGAGGGUCGGACGCCCAUGCACGUGGCCUGCCAGCACGGCCAGGAGGGCGUCGUGCGGAUCCUGCUGCGCCGUGGCGUGGAUGCAGGCCUGCCGGGGAAGGACGCCUGGGUGCCGCUGCACUAUGCCGCCUGGCAGGGCCACCUACCCAUCGUUAAGCUGCUGGCCAAGCAGCCAGGAGUGAGUGUGGACGCCCAGACGCUGGACGGGAGGACACCCCUGCACCUGGCUGCCCAGCGCGGGCACUAUCGCGUGGCUCGCGUCCUCAUUGACCUACACUCCGAUGUCAACGUGUGCAACCUGCUGGCGCAGACACCGCUGCAUGUGGCUGCGGAGACGGGCCACACGAGCACGGCCAGGCUGCUCCUGCACCGGGGCGCCCGCAGAGAGGCGGUGACCGCAGAGGGCUGCACCGCUCUGCACCUGGCCGCCCGCAACGGGCACCUGGCGACCGUCAAGCUGCUGGUGGAGGAGCGGGCCAACAUGCUGGCCCGGGGCCCCCGCAACCAGACGGCACUACACCUGGCGGCUGCCGGCGGGCACUCAGAGGUGGUGGAGGAGCUGGUCAGCGCCGACGUGCUCGACUUGUCCGAUGAGCAGGGCCUCAGCGCGCUGCACCUGGCCGCCCGGGGCCGACAUGCCAAGACGGUGGAGACUCUGCUCAGACACGGAGCCCAUGUCAACCUACAGAGCCUCAAGUUCCAGGGCGGCCCCAGUCCUGCCGCCACGCUCCUCCGGCGGAGCAAGACCUAG